CGCCAGGCGGUGCCACCACCACCAAGGCCUCGCCGGCUGUCUGCGGGGUCUGAGAGGGGGUGGCCCAAACCGGCAGGCAGGCAGGCGCAGCCGGGCAAGAACGGGUUAACUGAAAGCGCAGCUGGGCGGGGGAGGGCGAGAUUUGGGGGCGGGGCGGAGCCUGCGAAGAGGCCAGGCUUGGCUUCGUCCAAUGGGAGGCGAGGAGGCGAUGGCCAGAGCAGGCAGGGCGCGCGCGCAACCGGCGGGGAUCGAUGCGCUCCCGUCUGCGGCGCCUGCAAAUGGCCCGGGAGGGGGGCCGCCGCCUCCGCCUCUGCCCGGUCGGAUCUCCGCCCGAGGCGCCGCCGUAGCUGCCGGCUUCCCGCGGGGGCGCCUGCCCAGAGCCGAGGCUCCUCGGGAGAAAGCGCAUCGGGGGUGACGCCGGAGGCGGAUUCCGGCCCCGGUGACGUCAGGCGCGCACGUGGGACCGGGACCCGAGGGGGGGGGGCGGAUCUCGCUCGCUCGCCCGGGCGGCAGCAGCAGCAGCAGCAGCACAGCAGCAGCGGGAGGAGCGCGCUGGGCCCGGGCGCCAUGGCGCAGCCCCUGCAGAAGUGCCGCGCCGAGUGGCAAGCCCUGGAGGAGGAAUUCCAGCAGCUCCAGGAAACUCACAAAGUCUACAAACAGAAGCUAGAGGAACUGAACAACUUGCAGGCCACCUGCAGCAGCUCCAUACAGAAGCAGAAGCGGGGGCUGAAAGACUUGCAGAAUAGCUUCCAAAGAUGCAAGCGUGACUGCAGCCUGGAAGAAGCGGAGCUCAUACAGCAAAUCGGUAGCCAGAUCAAAGAGCGGCAAAAUGUUUUCUUCGACAUGGAAGCCUAUUUGCCAAAGAAGAACGGUUUGUACUUAAAUCUCGUGCUGGGGAACGUGAAUGUCACUCUUCUAAGCAAUCAGGCCAAGUUUGCCUACAAAGACGAGUAUGAAAAAUUCAAACUGUACUUGACAAUAAUCUUAUUCCUUGGAGCAGUAGCUUGUCGAUUCGUUCUUCAUUACCGGGUGACGGAUGAAGUGUUCAACUUCCUCUUAGUUUGGUAUUACUGCACACUGACAAUAAGGGAGAGCAUCCUCAUCAGCAAUGGCUCAAGGAUUAAGGGCUGGUGGGUAUCUCAUCAUUACGUUUCUACGUUUCUAUCUGGUGUGAUGUUAACGUGGCCAGAUGGUCUCAUGUACCAAAUGUUCCGCAAUCAGUUUUUAGCAUUUUCAAUUUUUCAGAGUUGCGUCCAGUUUCUACAAUACUACUAUCAAAGUGGCUGCCUUUACAGACUCCGUGCAUUAGGGGAAAGAAACCACUUAGAUCUCACAGUGGAGGGAUUUCAGUCUUGGAUGUGGCGAGGGCUGACCUUUCUGCUCCCCUUCUUGUUCUUUGGGCAUUUUUGGCAGCUCUACAAUGCUAUCACACUUUUUGAACUGUCAAGACAUAAGAAAUGUAAAGAAUGGCAAGUUUUUGUGCUUGCACUCACAUUUCUGGUGCUCUUCCUUGGAAACUUCCUCACGACCCUGAAAGUUGUGCACGCUAAAUUUCAGAAGAACAAAAUGAAGAAAUUGUGAAGACAGAAAGUCGUGCAUGCUGGAUGCUAGAACUUGAGGUCUGGUUUCAUUUUUUCCUCUGCUGUGAUUAGACUCAUGUUCCAGACAGUCCUCCCGCUUCACCAGUGGCCCUGCAAUAAGGGAACCAUGGAGGAAAUUCCACCUGCGUUAUACUGUGAAGUCUUCCUCAUCAGACUUGCGAGUGCUUGCGCUCUCCAGCUGGUAACCGGACUAUUUAUAUUUAAUUUAAUCCAAAGCCCCUCUGGCCUUUGCUGGGAUAUAGCCAUGAGGUUGAUCCAUUCUAGGAAGAAGAUGGAUUCUCAGGAGAGAACAAAAAAGAGAUGAACUAUUCGGGAAUAAAGCAAACUUUGAUUAAAUACUCUCUUUAAAGUUCCUGGUAUUGGAUCAUGAAGGUUGUCUCUCAUGGGGCCAAGUGCUGAGUACUGCUUUUUUUCAGAGCCCAUCUUGGAAGCUGAUAAGGCAGCCUGGUUACCCCCCCCCCAAAA